AAUGAAAAACAACAAUGUGCCCAUAAAUAAUGAUCGCCUAAGAAAUCCACUGCAAUCGUCUGUUAGACAUCAAUCGCAAAGCCAUGUGAGUACACCCGUAUUUAGAAAGGAAGUAAUUGUUAUAAAACCGAAGCCAGAACUUUUGAGAAGCGAUGUGCAACACACUGCUAUCGAGCCCCCAAAACAAGUUCAAAAUACCAGUAGAAUUCCGAGAAAAGAGUCUCAGCCGAGGCAAAAAGAACCUGAACAACAUUCAAAGGAAACAAAUAACAGAGUAGAGGUUGCAGUAAAUGUAUCGCAACCAUGUAAUCUGUCCAAAACUAGUAAAACUUCAAGAACAAAUGUUCAACGAAUACCUAAUAGACCAGCAGAUUUCGAAAAAAGGCCCAUAAAUAUACCAUUAGAGGAAGUAAGUCAAACUACAUCAUUUACAGAACCCAGAGAUCCUAGAAGGCGUGUUCAAGAAUCUCAUAAAAGUACAGAGAAUUUAAGAGACAACUCCAAAGAAAUACCCACUGGACAAAAAGAAUCUGAAAAAAGGCCUAGAGAGACAAGCAAGAGAUCUGAACUUAUGAGAAAUAUACAAAAAACGUUUGCUGAACCUAUAGAUCCCAGGAAAUUUAUUCAAAAUACCAGUAGAAAAACAGAAAUGUUAAGAGUAGAUCCUAAACUAGUACAAUCUAGACAAGGAGCACCCAAUAAGACUUUAGGAGUAUCAAAGACAAAUUUGCAACAAACGUCUAUUUCACAAAAAGAACCUCAAGAAAGCGCCGAUCAGUCUGAUAAACAAGUAGCAACUCCAGAGAAGGACACGCAACAAAUUUCCACCGAGCGCGAAAGACCUGAAAAUACGGCGGCAGCUUCUGACAGUAACUUGGAAGUUUCAGGUCAGAAACCACAGCAAACAACUACACAAAGUAGUACUCCAGUAUCUGCCGUACCCGAAGGACUGAAAAAUCUCCCUAAAAAUUUAUCACCAAGCAAAAUCGAUAUGAAACAGAAGAGACUCGAAAAUAGCAUAGAAAAGAUUGGAAGAAAAGUAACGUCGUGCCUUAAAGAAGGUCAAGUCGCAAAAGCGAAAAAACCAUCUUUGGCAGAUGAACUUAAUAAAGAAGUUAAUACCAUUACAAAACAAACUUUAUUAAAAGUUAAGAAGGAGAAGUCUAUUUUAGGAGUUCUAGUAGCCAGUCCAAGCAAGACUGCAGAGCAGCGAACAGAACAGUCCAAAGAAUUAGGGGCAAAAGUCGUUCAAAGUUCUUCGGUAAAGUGUCGUUACUGUUCGAUUUUCCUAAAAAAUAUUGACGAAUUAAAGGAUCAUUUUCAUUUCACUCACAAUGUAACACAUACUGCAAUCGAUGGACUAUUAGCUAAAAUGCAUAAUACACAACUAUCCGAAAUUGAUACAGACAAUGAAAAAGAGAGUACUGCAACAAGUAAGGCGAAAGAUAUGAUGAAAAGUAUAGAAUCUGAAGAGAUAUCUACAAGCGAUAAGGGGAUUGCAUCAAAUGCUGAAAACUAUCAUCAGACUGAGAGUCUGGAACGUUCGAUUUUGGAUAGACCCGCAGCUGAAUUUGAAACACAUGAUCCAAACAGAUCCACGUUAGAUACCGAAAAGCAAGAUAAAGGAGAAAGUGUAGUUUUAAAUAACCAAAGGACCAAAUCUUCAAUUGAAGUAAAACAAACAUCCGCUAAUAGUGAAAUAAAGAACAAUACGACAAGUGAAAAGAGUGUAGACUCUGAUUGCAAUCCACGAAAUAACACCACGAAUAUUAAUAAAUUAAUAGAAACUGCAAACAAUAUUGAUUCUGAAAAGGGUAUAGUAAAUGAGGAACAACAUGUAUCUUCUACAUUCAAUUCAAACAAUAGUUUAUCUGGUGCUGAACUUCCAACAACUUAUCUAAGUGAAAAGGAUGUCGAAUCUGCUAUUCAAAAACGAAGUAGAGUAAAAAAUACUGAGUCUGAAAUCGUUAUGGAACAGGAUAUAGAAAUUCAGAAGCAAGCUAAUGCCAGAAAUACUGAAUCUGAAAUCGUUACCGAACAGGGCUUGGAAAUUCAAAAACGAAAGAGAAUAAAAAAUACUGAAUCUGAUAUCGUAACAGAGCAAUAUGUAGACUUGGAAACACAACAUACAAACAAAAAUACUGAAUCUGAACAGGAUAUAGAAAUUCAAAAACAAGUUGUAUCUAGUACUAAUGAGUGUAAUGAUAAACCUUUGGCAACUGCAAAUGAUGAGCCAUCUGAAACACAAACUAAUGAACCUAAACUCAUUUCUGAUUGUACAACAAAUAAGCAACAAGCUGCAUCUGACACAUUCAGUUCAAUCAGUGAUAUGGAUCAUGAACAGUCUACAGCAACUACUGUAGAUAGUAACAAUUUAAUAUCUGGUAUUGAACAGAAGGACAAAUCCAAAAGUGCUGAACCUGAUACUGAAACACGUGAGCAGAUAGAAAAUGCUACAUGUACAAACAAUGCCACAAGGGAGAAAGACGUAGCAUCUGAUGCGUCAAAAGUAGGUGAAGUUGCUGUUAUUGAUAAAAAAGUCUCGUCUGAAGUUGAAAACCAAAAUGAUAUCAAUGAUGGUACUCUUGAUAUUGAGAAACAAAGUGAAAAUAAUAGUUUGGAGUCUGAGAUGAGCAAAGUAAGUGAAAAAGAGAGCGUAUCUAAAGUUGAUGAACAAGUUUCAGAACCUAAAGAGACUUUUAAGAAUAAGGAAAAUGUUAGAAAUGUUGUUGGAGACGAAAACCAGUUGAAAACUUUUACACUUGAAAAAGGUGCGGCUAAUAAAGACACUAUAUCAGAUCUGAUGAAUUCCAAAACAGAAGAAUCUGAUGAUAGAAUUUUCAGUACAAGUGAAGAAAAUGUAAGCCAUAACUUAGAAAAAAAUACUUCUGAUUCCAAACUUGAACAAAACAAAGAGUGCAACGAAAAUCCAAUAGAUAGCGAGGACAAUGACGAAUCAGAAAGGAAGAGAUAUCCUAAGAAAUUACAAAAAUAUUUGUCUGCUCAAAACGUCCAUGACUUUGGGAUGGACAAGCUUCUUGAAAUGAAGUUAAUAGAUGGUAAUAACAUUAAAUGUCAAUAUUGCGGUACUGUUAUUGCACUCUCUGAAAAGGAGGGACUAAAAAACCAUAUUUACAAUCAUUUACAUGAAACACCUUUAUGCAAUCGCAAUAUAGAGAGAGAUAGAAAAUUGAACUCAUUCUGCAAAUUAACAGAACAACUAGCAGAUCAUGUCGUAGGAAUGACAUGUAAAACUUCUGCCUGGCGUUGUGUUUUUGAUGGGUGCACUUACUUUACUUAUCGAUCAGAAGACCUCUCAGACCAUUUAAAAUCACAUCACGAAAAGAUAAAUAAAUAUAUAUGCUAUUUGUGUAAAAAAUCAGUUGAAAGCUUAUCACUUCUUAUUGACCAUCUAAAAGUAGUUGCUAAUUAUAUCUGCAAAGAGUGUAAUUUUACUGAUUGCGAUAAAAUUAUUGUGAAAAAUCAUAUCAAAGAAAAUCAUAAGAUGGAUGUUGAAAUUAUUGAAAAAUUCAACUUGCUUUCUUGUCAAAAGGUUACCAACGAAAAAACAGAUAAAAUUUUGAAUAAGGUUACAAAUCCUGAAGUCAUUCAAGAGGAAGAUGUUAGAGAGGCUGAUAAUACACCAUGCUCAAGUCCGUAUGCGCCUUUAAUAAUAGACGAAGAUAAUGACGAAACUUUCACUGAGACUAGUAAAACAGAUGACAAUACGCCUGAGAAGCUUUCUGAAUUGAAUGGGUCAAAGGCAGAGAUAGAUAAAAAUACAAAUGUCAUGAAUACACUUGAAACUUUCUCAACCGCUAAUGACCCACUAUUACAUGAUAGUGAUAAUUUUGAUGAUUGCGACGAUACCGAAGAAAACCAAUCACAUUGUGAAAAAGAUGACGACUCUAUGAAUAUCCAAAAUUUAUCUGGUAGCAAUAGAAAACAUUCCAAAGCUCAAAUUUUGGAUAUUACUUUAAAUCUUAAAGAAACAAUCGAAGAAUUUAAGAAAGCAGUGCCAUUAUUGACAAACACGUUUUCUUUCAAUGGGAAUAGUUUGCAAAUUAUGCAUUACAAAGAGCGUCAAGUCCAGAGUUCCCGCCCAUGUCAUGGAGAGAGUAGUCUAAGGUGCUUAUUUUGCAAAAAAACUUUUCUUUUUGGUAUAAAACAGUUCUCAAAGCAUCUCCUUUCGGAGGAACUUUAUGAAAUAAGAGAAAGUCCAUAUAUAUUAUUCAAAUGUAAAGAAAAAUGUGAAGUCUACAAUAACGAUCCAAUGGAAAUUUGCAAACAUAACAAAAUAUUUCAUUCAGGCGGCAAUUUAGUAAAACCUGUUCUAAUGAGUUUAUUAAGUGAAAAAAAACAGAAACCUAUAGUAGAAGCCCCAGUUGAAAUAAUAAAUUCAUCCGAUGAUGCGAAAGAAAUCUCCCCUACCAAUGAUUCCAAAGAUGAUGACGAUGCUUAUUGUAUUGAGAAGCAUGAGCCAGAGAGUCAAUGUGAGACAACUGUUAUCUGUGGGCAUUGUGAAUUUUCUAUAGAAGCAGAAGAUGAAAAUAGAUAUUUUAAAAUGAGGCAGCAUGUUAUUCAAGGUCACCUGCCCAAGCCUUUCUAUUGUUGUAAAAAAGGUUGCGAUUUUUCAGCUGACAACUAUUUUCAAAUUGAAACUCACUUUGUAUCUUGUCAUAUCUACAUCACAUUAGAAGAAAUGCAAAGAAAGUAUGUUACUGAAGAAGUUUCCAACGUCGGAACUGACAGAAUUAUUCAAUUCUCUCUGAGAGCUUUAUCGCUGAAAAGAUCUUCCGUUGGAAAGGGAUCUGUAUCAAAGAGGCGACGUCUAUCAGCAUUGGUAGAAAGUCGAGAUGAGGAGGAUGAUGAGUAUAGAUGCUCUAUUUGUUUUGCAAAGUUGACUGAUGUCACUAAGAUUGAAGCACAUAUACGAGAUCAUUUUGAAUAUAAUAGAUAUGAAUGUCUUUUUUGUCUCAAGAAGUAUAAAAAUUUACUUAUGGAAACAGUUGAACACGCUAGCCAGCAUAAAUCAACGUUGAUAAGUUGUUUUGUAGAGAUCAAUAAUAGAAAGGUAAAUGCUCUUGUUAAAAAGUUUGCAAAGGAGUUGCUAAAUUGCAGAGGAAUUAUUUUUAAAUAUCCAAAGUGUUUGUUAUGUAACAUUGGCUUUCCAGAUGGAGUUCGAGCCGCAAAAAUUCAUUUAAAUACUUUUCAUAGAUUAAACCCUGUUGUUAAAAUUGAUAGAAGUUGCAUCAAGUGA